UGGCCGCCCAAUGUUGAAACAUUGGAGAAAUUGUCACUUUUUGCCACUUCGCUAGCGACCAGUAAGGCCUAAUUGUACAAAAAUAACGUCACGAAAGCUCUGCAGAAAUACUCAUCGUAUUAUACAAAUACAACGAAUACAAGAUCACUGACAAGGAUUAAAAAAAUAGGCAUUUUCCUAUGCCAUAACGUUGGGAGGACCGUUUUCUUCACCCACGCCGUUUGUUACUAAGAAGAUCACGUGGUCUCUGGCUCCCGAUCCGUCUUAUAGAAUCGCCAUGGCGGUCAAACUUGGAAGUGUACAGAGUGGGCUUUCACUUAUCAAUGCUCUGUUCAGGAUAGGCUCAUCGAAAUGUAUCAGGCCAGCAUGCGAGACAACAAAUUUGUGUCGAUACUUUGGCAGUAAUAAGCUACAGCCACCAAAAAGGCCUCUUACAGCUUUUUUCGAUUUUCUUGGACAAAAAAGGGAUGAAAUCAAACUUAACAAUCCAGGUGCCAAAGUUCAAGAGGUGGCAGCCAUUGCUGGGCAGAUGUGGAAGACAAUCAGUGAAGAAGAGAAGAAGGCUCUGCAGGAUCGAGCCCAUCGGCGGAUGGAAGCGUACAAAGUUCAGCGUCUACAGUUUCUGGAUCAGUUGACACCAGCAGAGAGAGAAGAAUUGGUUGUCUCGCAACGGGAACACAGGCGAAAGAGGAAACACAGGAGGCAUGUAUUGGAGUUGCACAAACUGGGAAAACCUAAACGACCAGUUUCCCCAUUCUUUGUGUUUGUACGGGCCAGUCAGGUGGAGAGAGGGGAUGCUCCCAUACAGCAGUUUGUGAAAGGGUUGGCAGAAAGAUGGAAAAUGAUGCCUGAAGAAGAAAAAGAGAUGUACAGAGAGGAGGCACAGAUGGACACUGAGCGUUAUUACCGGCACAUGGAAGUCUGGGAAGCUAAGAUGAUCAAGGCUGGUCGACCAGACCUGGUGAGAGGUUACCACAAAAAAUCACGGUCGAGACGGGCUAAGAGGAGGAAGAACCCGUCCAAGAGGAAAGCAAGACGAAAAUCAGCAACCAGAAACCAACCUGAUGAGAUGUAUGAGGAGUGAGGAUAUGAAACUGAGAGUUACCAAGGAGAAAAUGGUUCAUGCAUGUGUGUGAAGUGACCUCCAGAUUGUGACACCUGGAUGCUUUUUGUAUUGAAAACUUGGUUGUUGAUAGGUAUGAAAACGUUACGUGCUUUCAAAGAGACGUCCAUUCAGUGCUAUGUUUGUAUGGGUACAUUUUGCAUGCAUGACGUACAGAGUGAGAAGAGAUACUACAGAAAAACAGAUUGGUACAUAUGUAUGUGUUCUCUCUCAGAUAUGAGUGUUUUGACAGGUACCCUAUGAAUGGCAGAUGUGUAGGGUAUUCAGAAACAGGAAAUGGGGUAUCACCACCAUACGUAGUAGACACCAGAGUCAGUGUGUUGGUGCAAAGGCAGCAACUGUUUACAUCCAUGACCCAUGUUGAGAGUUCAAAACCCUGGACAGGGUGUUUAUUUUUGUAAUGUAUAGUCCUCCAAUUGAGGUACUUGCAAUGGUAUAAUUUGUAAGACUCAGUGCUUCUGACAAUGCUACAAAUAAUGGCAGGGCUUCCGUGCCUGAGGUGGGCACUGUGCCAGUGCGGCGCAAUGAUCAAGGAGCCUCUAAUCAGUGCAGUCGCUGUGAGUUGAUGUGCAAAUUAGGCUGGCCUCCUCUCCAGCCAUAAAUGGGAAAGUCCGCUAGCAACCUGCAGAUUAUCGGGAUUUUCCCCUAGCGGUCAGCUAGCUCUGUACAGGAUUUUUGCGGUUGUGUAAGGCAUGCUGCAGGACUUCUUGGUCCAGCUGCAUUCUCGGGUUAUAGAAACAAGUCACACCGGGUUGGUUAAAAUUGAUAACACAACAGAGCUUUUGAUUUUCUCUGUGUGCACGAUUUUCUUGAAAUUUGAACUGCAGUAUCUUAAAAAAUAUCUACAUCAUGAAACUAAAAAGUAUGCAUUAAACUUUAUGUGGGAUACUUUAUCGAUGUAUGUAUACUUUUGGUCUAGAAUUCUCUUUUCUUUUAAGAUUUGGUGAGGGCAAGAGCUGAAUAUGAGGCAGGUAAUUUAAAGUAAUUAUCAUAUAGUAAUAAUAUUCAAAGUAGUUGGCUACUUUGCCGUCCAAUAGUAGACAGCAUUACACAGCCAUGUUCUUGCCCUUGCAAGAUGAAUGUGGGGCAUCUUGAUAUGCACAUGUGUAGUGUGUUAAAUCUUUCAAAAACGAAUUGACAUACAGUUCAGAUUUGGUACACACUAUUAAUUUAGAUUUUUUUUAAACUAGAUUUUACAGAGUUUGGACCAGUUUUCACUGGGAUUGAAAAUUACACUGUGUGAGCAGAUCUGAACUAUCCAGUAUAUGUGUGCUCGUGUGUUUCUUGAUAUUCCCAACAGCUAGAAACAGAACAGCUACAGAGGCCUAGAGCAGACCGUAACUGAGGUAAUGAACACAUUCUAAGGCAACUGGUUGACAUUCCUAAGGAAGGCAAUUCGGUUUGGACAUAACUGUAUGAAAUACAUUUGUGUAUAAUUUGGGACAUCAGAGGCUGCAAUACCUGUUGUCAUUUUACCUUUUUUUUUAAUUUACAC